GUUGGUUCUUCUUUUCCACAAACUCCUGCUGCCAACAGAGCUCUGCCUGACAGACAGACAGACAGACAGUGAGAGAGACAGAUUAUCAAGAAAAGAAAGAAAACAGUGUGGAUUCAAGAACUGAGAUAAAGCGAAUGACAGAAGAAGGAAGGACAAGCUGUACGUAGAGGUUCUGUGCUGAAGCUGAUCAAUCGCUCUCCUCCGCUUUGUUAGUUUGCAAGUGUAGUGCGUCUGUCUGUCCAUCUUGGUCAAUCAGUGCUCUGCUGAUACAGUAAAAGUGUCAUAGUCUGUCAGUAAAAACACACAGAAAAGAACAAAAUCUAUCAUCUAACCUAGCCUUCACAUUACAAUGGCUCCCAAAAAGAAGUCACCACGACCUAAGAAGUCCAUUCCUGAAUUGACAACAGUUGAGAGUGAAGUGGUUGUCCCAGAGCCGGGUGUUAAAAAGCUGGAGCUUCCUCUUAAUAUUGAGCAGCUGAACCGGCUCAAUGGGGUGCCCCUGCCACCCCCUGUGAUCCGACCCGGGGAGAAGGGUUUUGGUCUGGGCACUGAGCUCACUCGCCCCCUGCAUGGAUCCGCUAUGCUGGAAGAGCUGAGCCGCAUGAGACAGGAACGAUUCCUCACUGACAUGGAACUGGCUUGCAAAACCAAGGCAUUUGAUGUUCACAAACUGGUCAUUUCCUCAGUCAGCCAGUAUCUUCGUGAAGUCCUGGCUAAAGACCCUGGACUCAAACGACUGGAGCUUCCUACCCUCUCACCUCUCGGACUUGCCAAUGUUAUUACAUUUGCUUACCUGGGCCGUGUGCACAUGUCCCUGUACACCAUUGCCUGCACUGUGUCUGCGGCGAGCACAAUGCAGAUCCCUCAUCUUCUCCAGAUGUGCAUGGACUUCAUGAUGUCCGAGCUGAACGCUCACACUUGUGUGUACAUAUGGAACAUCGGCGCUGCAUAUGGCCUGACUCCCGUUCGCGAAGCCGCCCGGCGCUACAUCCUGGAGAAUUUUACCCAGUUUUGUGAGACAACACAGUUCAACCAACUCACCCUGGAGCAGAUCACAUCUUUUCUGCAAGACGACAACCUAGCUCUUCCCUCUGAGGUCACCACCUUCCAGAUGGCAAUGAAGUGGUUAGACUUUGACCCAAAGAGGCAGGAACAUGCUGCAGAACUGCUAUCUCACGUGCGCUUUGAGACCAUCCCGGCCAACGAGCUGGUUAGUGAGAUCCAGCCAGUGGCACGUAUGAUGCUAGAUCCUCGGUGUCACCGUCUUCUGGUGGAUGCCAUGAACUACCAUUUGCUGCCUUACCAGCAAAACACACUGCAGUCACGGCGCUCAAAGGUCCGGGGAAGCCAGAACGCUCUUCUAACCAUUGGGGGUCGCCCUUCUCUAACUGAGCGUGCCCUAAGCCGAGAGGUGCUGUGGAGAGAUCCUCGAGAGGGAACAGCUACAUGGCGUCAUCUUACUCAGCUACCAGCAAAGAGCUUCAACCAGUGUGUGGCUGUGAUGGAUGGAUUCCUGUAUGUGGCAGGAGGAGAAGAUCAGAAUGAUGCCCGAAACCAGGCUAAACAUGCUGUUGGCACACUUAGCAGGUAUGAUCCUCGCUUCAACACCUGGCUGCAUCUGACCAGCAUGCGCCAACGACGUACACAUUUCAGUUUGGUGGCGACUAGUGGAAGGCUGUAUGCAAUUGGUGGCCGUAACACUGAUGGCCUCUUGGCCACCAUUGAGAGCUACCAGCCCUCUACCAACACUUGGCAGCUCCGUACGCCAAUGGAUAUGCCAAGAUGCUGCCAUGCAAGUGCAGUACUACCAUCAGGAGACAUCUUGGUGACUGGCGGCUAUGUCAACUGCGCUUACUCUCGUUCGGUCAUCCAUUAUAGCAUUGACAGCGACACUUGGAGCGAGCAGCAAGAGUUGGAGACACCUCGUGGCUGGCACUGCUCUGCAACACUAGGUGGCAAGGUGUACGUGGUAGGUGGUAGCCAGCUGGGUCCCGGUGGAGUCCGCAUUGAUGUGAUGACCAUGGAAGUCUUCUCCCCCGAGAGCAAGGAAUGGACAAGAGCUGCCACCCUUCCCCUAGGAGUGAGCACAGCUGGCAUGUCCCCACUUGGAAAUCACCUGUACCUGCUGGGUGGGUGGAAUGAAGCAGAGAAACGUUACAAGUCAGCAGUCCAGCGCUAUGACCCAGGCACUGACAGCUGGUCAGCAGUGGAAGACUUGCCGGAACCCACAGUGGGAGUGUCCUGCUGUGCCCUACCCUUGCCCCCACGCCACGCGUCCCGCAGACACCGGAACACCCCUUCCCAUGAAGAUCAGAGCAGUGUUACACAGCACAACACCGCAUGAGAAAUGAAAGCUGGGGAAAGUCAAGAGCAAGAGAGACAGGGUGAAAGGAGAGAUUGUUAGAGUGUAGAAAAGAGAGAGCAAGAGAGAGUGACGUAUAGGUGAAAUGGAAAUUUAGAGAGUAGAAAGUAAAGAGUAACAACAUAAAGGGAAAAGCUAACACAGAAGUCUUUGAACUCCAAAGAUGCAUUUAGGUACACUGAGUUUAAAGAAAAGGUACUACCUAGGGAAGGGUUCCUCAGAUCCGGUCCUGGAGGGCCACUGUCCUGCAGAGAUUAGUUCAAGCCCUAAUCAAAGACACUUAAACACUGGGUGUGUCCCAAUUCAGAGGCUGCAUCCUUCAAAGACCGAUUGCAUCACCACGGCAUGACAAAGGCUGUUCAAUUUCGAAAGGCUCCUUCAAAUGUAUACUUCGUGGCCUUGCCUACCCCAGAAUUCAUUGCGCACCAGUGACAACAGUAUUUUUUUUUCAACUUACCUAAAAAUAUUUCAUGUUUCAAAUGUAAAAAUAAAAAAUCCUUUACAUCGGUUCAAAUGUUGAAUUAAAUCUUACUAAGAUGUGAUUAUAUAUAGUUUCUACUCUUUAUUAUAUGCAGAAAUGGACCAUAGUGAACAUAUUUAGAUGGUUUGUGAACCAUGUUGUUUUCAGUUUAAUAUAACAAAAAAAAGUCCAGUACAAAAGUUACUGCCACUCAUCAAUGGCAGCUUUUUAAGGCAUGGCCUUUUAAGUUUGAGUCCUCCGAAGGAUGCAGCCUUUGAACUGGGACACAGCCAAAGUCUUCAGAAUUUACUAGAAGAUUACAGGUAGACGAGUUUGAUCAGGGUUUGAGAUAAACUGUAGGACAGUGGCCCUCCAGGGCCGUAUUUGAGGAAACCUGACCUAGGGCCUACUUAUGAAGAAUGUGAAAGGUACAUUUUACAAGAGCCUCAGCAGUGCGAGGAAUUUAGUGAGGUGACGGUUUUUGAGUUUCUGUGAUUAAACAAGUUUUAGAAAUUGAGCCAUGCAGUUUUAUUGAAAACACCAUUGUGGGAUCAUCAAAAAAAAAACAUGCUAAAUUCAGUAGUACUGAAUCAAGAAGCAACAGUUUUAUUUAUUUCUCACAUUAUUUAUUGUUUUUUUAUUUUAAUCAAGUUUUUCCAAUUUUCUCUCUUGUAGUUAUUGGUCUGGCUUUUAAACGUUGUUCAGGGAUAUGUACGAUUUUUUAUAUGCAAAGAGGCACAGUGCAAAUGUCAAUGCCCCCAAAGACACACAAAUAGGCAUCAACGCAUUGAUACUGCCCACCAAAGAAUGUGCUUAAUACCACAUAUAUUAAGCCAAAGUUAAAUCUAUAGACUGGCUAUUGAUAAAAUGUCUCAUGCUUACCAAAUUUCUCAUUUUAACCCAUUGAUAUAAUUCUUGCUUAUAGAGUCAUUUAAGGGGUCUUUACUUACAUGUGUAGUGGUCACAACUAACUACCAAUAAUUGCAUAAAACAAGACCUUCUAAAGAGAACUAGUAAAAAUAUCCAACAAAAAUGUCAAUGACUGAACAACCAUAACAUGGAAAAUGUAGCAGAUUUAGGAGUCUGAAGUGUGUCUGGUACUAGAUCUCUGGGAUUUAAAAAAAAAUAAAGCAAAAUUGAUUAAAAACAAAA